AUGAGCGCUGUGAACGGAGACGGAGGAGGAGGAGGACAGAGGUCAGAGUGUGUGGAGGAGGAGGUCAGAGUGUGUGGAGGAGGAGGUCAGAGUGUUUGGAGGAGGAGGAGGUCAGAGUGUUUGGAGGAGGAGGAGGUCAGAGUGUGUGGAGGAGGAGGAGGAGGAGGAGGAGGUCAGAGUGUGUGGAGGAGGUCAGAGUGUGUGGAGGAGGAGGAGGUCAGAGUGUGUGGAGGAGGAGGAGGUCAGAGUGUGAGGAGGAGGAGGAGGUCAGAGUGUGUGGAGGAGGAGGAGGUCAGAGUGUGUGGAGGAGGAGGUCAGAGUGUUUGGAGGAGGAGGAGGUCAGAGUGUUUGGAGGAGGAGGAGGUCAGAGUGUGUGGAGGAGGAGGAGGAGGAGGAGGAGGUCAGAGUGUGUGGAGGAGGUCAGAGUGUGUGGAGGAGGAGGAGGUCAGAGUGUGUGGAGGAGGAGGAGGUCAGAGUGUGAGGAGGAGGAGGUCAGAGUGUGUGGAGGAGGAGGAGCUCAGAGUGUUUGGAGGAGGAGGAGGUCAGAGUGUGUGGAGGAGGAGGAGGUCAGAGUGUGUGGAGGAGGAGGAGGUCAGAGUGGUGGAGGAGGAGGAGGAGGAGGAGGAGGUCAGAGUGUGUCUAGGAGGAGGAGGAGGUCAGAGUGUGUCUAGGAGGAGGAGGAGGUCAGAGUGUGUGGAGGAGGAGGACGAGGUCAGAGUGUGUGGAGGAGGAGGUCAGAGUGUGUGGAGGAGGAGGAGGUCAGAGUGUGUGGAGGAGGAGGAGGUCAGAGUGUGUGGAGGAGGAGGAGGUCAGAGUGUGUGGAGGAGGAGGAGGAGGUCAGAGUGUGUGGAGGAGGAGGAGGUUAGAGUGUGUGGAGGAGGUCAGAGUGUGUGGAGGAGGAGGAGGUCAGAGUGUGUGGAGGAGGAGGAGGAGGAGGUCAGAGUGUGUGGAGGAGGAGGACGAGGUCAGAGUGUGUGGAGGAGGAGGAGGUCAGAGUGUGUGGAGGAGGAGGAGGUCAGAGUGUGUGUGGAGGAGGAGGAGGUCAGAGUGUGUGGAGGAGGAGGAGGUCAGAGUGUGUGGAGGAGGAGGAGGUCAGAGUGUGUAAAGGAGGUCAGAGUGUGUGGAGGAGGAGGAGGUCAGAGUGUGUGGAGGAGGUCAGAGUGUGGAGGAGGAGGAGGUCAGAGUGUGUGGAGGAGGAGGAGGUCAGAGUGUGUGGAGGAGGAGGAGGUCAGAGUGUGUGGAGGAGGAGGAGGUCAGAGUGUGUGGAGGAGGUCAGAGUGUGUGGAGGAGGAGGAGGUCAGAGUGUGUGGAGGAGGUCAGAGUGUGGAGGAGGAGGAGGUCAGAGUGUGUGGAGGAGGAGGAGGUCAGAGUGUGUGGAGGAGGAGGAGGAGGUCAGAGUGUGAGGAGGAGGGAGGAGGUCAGAGUGUGUGGAGGAGGAGGAGGUCAGAGUGUGUGGAGGAGGAGGAGGUCAGAGUGUGUGGAGGAGGAGGAGGAGGUCAGAGUGUGAGGAGGAGGAGGAGGUCAGAGUGUGUGGAGGAGGAGGAGGUCAGAGUGUGUGGAGGAGGAGGAGGAGGAGGAGGAGGUCAGAGUGUGAGGAGGAGGAGGAGGUCAGAGUGUGUGGAGGAGGAGGAGGUCAGAGUGUGUGGAGGAGGAGGAGGUCAGAGUGUGUGGAGGAGGAGGAGGUCAGAGUGUGUGGAGGAGGAGGAGGUCAGAGUGUGUGGAGGAGGUCAGAGUGUGUGGAGGAGGAGGAGGUCAGAGUGUGUGGAGGAGGUCAGAGUGUGGAGGAGGAGGAGGUCAGAGUGUGUGGAGGAGGAGGAGGUCAGAGUGUGUGGAGGAGGAGGAGGAGGUCAGAGUGUGAGGAGGAGGAGGAGGUCAGAGUGUGUGGAGGAGGAGGAGGUCAGAGUGUGUGGAGGAGGAGGAGGUCAGAGUGUGUGGAGGAGGAGGAGGUCAGAGUGUGUGGAGGAGGAGGAGGUCAGAGUGUGUGGAGGAGGAGGAGGAGGUCAGAGUGUGAGGAGGAGGAGGAGGUCAGAGUGUGUGGAGGAGGAGGAGGAGGUCAGAGUGUGUGGAGGAGGUCAGAGUGUGUGGAGGAGGAGGAGGUCAGAGUGUGUGGAGGAGGAGGAGGAGGAGGAGGUCAGAGUGUUUGGAGGAGGAGGAGAGUGUUUGGAGGAGGAGGAGGUCAGAGUGUGUGGAGGAGGAGGAGGAGGAGGAGGAGGUCAAAACUUUAUUUGA